AUGGCGCUUCCUGACUGGUCGCUGCUGUUCUUGUGCGCGGUGCCGCUAUGCGGGCUGCUGGCCUUGUGCGUUCGCUGCGGGCGGUCGGGUUCGGGCUCCAGCUCCGGCUCCGGUUCGGGCUGCAGGCGGUCCGUUUUCGGCAGGGGCGUCCUGGGGAAGGUCAUGGCGCGGACGGAGAAGGUGCUCUUCCGGAUCGCGUACACGUUGUACACGAGGACCAAGCUGGGCUACCUGUUCUACAAAAGGCAGGUGAGAAAGGCCCGCGAGUGGUUCCCCUCUGGCCAUUCCAGUGCCCAUCCAGUGGAGGUCAAUGGUAUCAAAAUAAUACCCGUUCCGGUUCUGACGGACAACUACAGCUACCUGGUUGUUGACACUGAGCUGAGAGUCGCCGUGGCCGUGGACCCUGCUGACCCACAGGCGGUCCAGGCGUGCCUCGAGAAGGAAGGAGCGACGUUAGAAGCGAUCCUGUGCACGCACAAACACUGGGAUCACAGCGGGGGUAACAAAGUCCUCAAAAGGCGGCACAGCCCCUGCAGGGUGUACGGCAACGCCGCCGACAACAUUCCAGGCCUGACGCACCCUCUCUCGGACAGAGACCGCAUCGAGGUUGGGCGCAUGCGCUUCCGGGCUUUCUUCACCCCGGGCCACACUGUGGGCCACAUGAUCUACCUCCUGGACGGACGGGCGCUCGGUGGGCCCUGCAGCCUUUUCUCGGGAGACCUCGUCUUCCUCUCCGGGUGUGGGAGGAUGUUUGAGGGCAGUGCAUCCACAAUGUUGUCAUCUCUGGACACAGUGGUUUCCCUCAGUGACAGCACCCUCCUUUGGCCUGGUCACGAGUACGCAGAAGAUAACCUGAUGUUUGCCGGAGAGGUGGAGCCCGGCAAUUCUGCUCGGGAGCGCAAAUUCGAGUGGGUUCAACAGCAGCGGGGUCAGAAGCUCUGCACGAGCCCCUCCACCAUCGGGGAGGAGAAGGAAUACAACCCGUUCCUGCGGAGUCACGCCACCGAGCUGCACCGUGCCCUGGGGCUGCAGCAGAACCCCGAUGAGGACUGGACCCGCUUCCGGGCCCGUGUGCUGGAGGAGCUGCGCAGGCGCAAGGACAUCUACAAGGGCAGAUAGGAAGCAGGAUCCACCCUGGUCAGGGUGUGGGAACCCCCUCCAGGUGGAAGUGCCCAUGACUUUGACAUGGGAUCAUCUGAAAUGAGGUCCCUUUGGAUGCUGGGGUGGGGAGGUGGAUACUGUCCUACCAAGUAGGAGUGGACUCAAAGUAAUGGAACACUGCGUAAAAUCCUGAAUUAAACUCGAACAGGUACUCACGGGCACACUAAAUGCAGGCGCUCAGGCUCUGCCUCGGACUGUUAACAAUAAUUGUGGAAGACAAUCUCACGUGAGCUGGAUGAGUUGUGGUUCGGAGAGUUAUGAAUAAGCUCCUUAAACCAUGUUAUGCUUUGCUCCACUUUUUCUCAGUGGUUGGUUUAAUAUUAGAUCUUUGACUGCUUUCUUUUUUUUUUUUUUUUGUUUGAGGGAUGAUGUUUUUGAGGAAGCUCACUGUAUGUAACCCCUGCUGGUGUUUUGAAGGCUGCUGACAUUUUUAUGUAAUCCAUCUACAUUCGGAUUUUUUUUUUGCACCUGUUUGAGAUUUUAUUACAAAGUAAUAGGUGCGAAGCCUUCUGUCGAGGGCCAAGUCCUUUAGGGCGUAUUGACUUAUUUCACGGCUUGUCAGAGUAAGAAUUUUGCACUUUGAUUUCAAUGUGAAACUGAAUAUCUGAAUAUCAGGUCUGACAUCAGGUUUUGAAAUGCUGUGUGUCCAAAUACAUUCUUUACAUUAUAACAAUCCAGUUUGGAGACCAUAGACUUUGUAUAUUGCAGCUGACUAACAGCAAUAAAGUAACGAAGCCAUUGACCAAAUCUUUUUCUGCAUCUAUAACAAAAUUAAUUGUGAAGGAUGUGGUAACAUUCCUUUGGAAUACCCUCUUUACUGUGCCAUGUAAUGCUCAACCAAUACCGUUGUACAAACUCACAUUUUAUACUGUGUGCUUGGGUUUUAUUUACAAUAAAAUUGUUUGGUCAGGUUUUUGCAUGAUGAUGUGUUGUAUUCUUGAGUUUACUGAAUUUUUUUUUUUUUUUUUUUUUUAAAUUCAAAAUAGAAAUUUACAGUACUGUACACCAAACGUUUAGUUUUUGUGCUCUUUUGAUAAAUGAUUAUGAUACAUCGGAUAACUUUGUUGCUAUGCACGUAUAAUAAAAGAUUACC